CUGUCCUUCUGCGGGCGGUUCCUCGGCGUGGGCGAGGAGCAUUUGGUGGAGUACCUCGUGCCGCCCUCGGAGGAGGGCGGGUUCGACGUGUACCUGCCCGACUUCAUGGGGGACGCCGAGGCGCAGGAGGUGUGCGCGAUCAGCGUCGGGCAGAACCUCCUGGAGAAAGGGUACUGCGUCAUACAGAUGCCCCUGACCAAGUCGGACAUGGUCGCGGCAGUCCGGCAGGCCGCGGAAAUCAACCGCUGGACAGUGCCAGAGCAAGAUUUCGAGUCCGCGUACCUGGGUCGGGAAAACUGCACCAAGUACUCCAUGCGCCGCGGAAGGCCCGGCCCCGACGCGGAGCAGCACGACGACGUGCUGGCGCAGUGCGACGAGGUCAUCAACCGGGUGGUGGUGUCCCUCGAGCCCGUCUGCGGCUCCCUAGGCUUCAACGCCUGGGGAAGAAUGAGCAGCAUGGUGCGGGUCCACGCCAGCGUGGACGAGAUCGCCACGCUGAGGGGCCAGGCCCUGGGAGAGGCGAGGGGGCCCACCGAGCGGAUUGGCGGCCACCUGAACUUUCUGGAGAGGCGGAGGCUCUGCAUGAUGGUCUGGAUGCACAACGAGGGCGGGGAAUUUGUCCUCUACCCCAAGGACGGUGCGAGCGGCGCCGACGUGGGCAUCCCUCUCUCUGACGGCAAGAUGGUCGUCUUCAGACACGACGACUUCAGCUACUCGUACCAGCCAGUUGGAGAGAGCCUGGCGAUGCAGACCUGGCUAUUGUCGGAGAUACCGGAGCAGCGCGCGCUGGGCAGCGCGGUGGCCCUGCCCAGCUCGCUGGCGGAGAGGGAGCGCGCCGCGUGCCUGUCGAGCAGGUGCAGCGUCCCCGGCGGCUGCAGCAGCUACCCCGAGUUCUGGACGAGCUUGGCGGCCGGGAACGACUGCCACACCAGG